UAUAGCUGUUACAACAAUGAUAUGCAAGUAUUACAUUAAUUGAGUUAGUCAAUUUGUGCUAUUUGGUGAAGAAAUUUGUCAGAAAUAAGUUAUAAAGAGAAAAUGGUUUCAAAUUUGUACAUAAACCUAAGGUGUGGCCAGAUGCAAGGGUACCCCCAGCCAGUCCAGCACGGCGGGCCUCUGUACGCCAGCAACACUGCAGCGUACUACAGGCCGCCUGCUCCCGCCCCACGCACCCCCCGCCCUGUCCCGCCGCCACCACACAUAACCAACCAGUCCUACACCAAUGGGACCAACGGGCCACGCGCCCCCGCCUCCCCCUACCCGGCGAUGAAGGGAGGGCCCCGCACGGGCGGCAACCCCUACCGAGCCGCGGGGGUCAGCUGGGGGCCCCAGCCCGCCUACACCGGCACCCCCCCUGCCGCCACACAGAUCCGGUACACCACCGGCAACGCUGUGCCCUACACUCAGCCGUAUCCCGCCUCGUAUGGGGCGCAGAGGGUGCCGACAGCAGCGUCACCCGCCAACACCAACUCUAGCAGCAGCAGCAACACGGGCUCACAGAGUGGCACGCUGAGCACUUCACUCAGCAACAACAUGGCGCCUCAGAGUGGGGAGCAGCAGCUCAGCAAGACCAACCUGUACAUCCGCGGGCUCACACAGAACACCACGGACAAGGAUCUGGUCAACAUGUGUUUACCAUUUGGAUCAAUUAUUUCCACAAAGGCAAUUUUGGAUAAAAACACAAACAAAUGUAGGGGUUACGGGUUUGUUGACUUUGAGUCAAACAUGUGUGCGGAAGCAGCAGUGAAAGCUCUGCAGGCUAAGGGGAUCCAAGCGCAGAUGGCGAAAGUGGGUAUCACACAGCCUCGGGCACCCGCAAGUCAACAGGAGCAGGACCCCACCAACUUGUACAUCGCCAACCUGCCCUCCCAAUACAAGGAGACUGACCUCGACAACAUGCUGAGCAAAUACGGACAGGUGGUCAGCACCCGCAUACUGCGAGACCCUGAUGGCGUCAGCAAAGGUGUCGGCUUCGCCAGGAUGGAAUCAAAGGAGAAAUGUGAACUGAUCAUCUCCACUUUCAACAACCACAUGGUUCAAGGUUCGAAGGAGCCGCUGCUGGUCAAGUUUGCCGACGGUGGCCAGAAGAAGCGAAGCCCUUUCCGCAACGACAACCGCAUGUGGAGGGAAGCCACUGAGGCAUUAUGUGCUCAGGGAGGCCACGUUACCUACGACCCAACCGGGCUAACACAGAACGGUGUGGCUGCCCAACAUAUGAUUCCCGCGUACAACCCUCGCUACGCGACGCAGCCCCUCACUACGUACCCACUGCACACCCAGGCCCACUGGCCGAUGCAGUACGUCAUGCAUCCGCCUCCGCACUUGACCCAAGUGGACAACCAUGGAGUGUUGCAGAUGAUGCAAGAUCCCAGCGCUAUGCAAUACAAUGUGAUACCACAACUGACAACCCAGAUGCAUACUCUUCAACUGACCACUCCUCCGUACAUUGCCGGUGCUCACCCAUACCCAUUCUACUCUGCCCCCUCCAUCAUCCACCAGCUGCCCAUGGCGGACAAUGAACAUAAUUCCAACACUGCGUCGCCCGAAGAGGCGUAUACCGCCUACCCGCCGCCCAAGUGAGACGCUGCUACACUCCAGACUUGCUGUCAAACACCCAGCGAACAGUGAUAAGUGAUCCUCACAACAGCUUGUAACUGUCGUCGUGUCCAGUGUUUGUCUGACAACAAACUGUGUUCUGUUUCAGGAGACGCUGCUACACUCCAGACUUGCUGUCAAACACCCAGCGAACAGUGAUAAGUGAUCCUCACAACAGCUUGUAACUGUCGUCGUGUCCAGUGUUUGUCUGACAACAAACUGUGUUCUGUUUCAGGAGACACUGCUACACUCCAGACUUGCUGUCAAACACCCAGCGAACAGUGAUAAGUGAUCCUCACAACAGCUUGUAACUGUCGUCGGUGUUUUUUCUUAUACAUAAUGUAGAUUCAUAAAAUUUUCAAUGAUUUCAGUCAGGUACUAGUCAUAAAUUAUUGUAAUAACAAAAAUGAUAUAUUAGCUUAGAAUGUUAACAAAAUUUUGGAAAUCGAGCUUGAUAAUUAUGGCAAAGGGUAGCGUGUGCCAAGUUCUCACACUUUUCUUCUCUCUCCCCCCUUAAUAUCAGCUCAAAAUGAAUAAAAGCGUGACAAUAAAUUAGUGAGAUUACCUCGGGCUUAAAACAAAUAUUACAUCCUCAGAUCAUUAAUCACGGGCUUAAAUAUUACAACCUAAAUCUCAGAGACGACCUAUUUAUAUUUUUGUACCAACUUGGCACACUUAAAGUAGACUCACAAGUGAAGACACGUUCAUUCGAUACAUUUCAUAUACAAAAUGUACGUCUCUAUUUUAAGAUGGUGCUAAAUUAUACACGAUAUUUAUUUACACAGCAUAAAAUUUAUGGAACGAAUAUUCUGUACAAAAUCACUACAUCUUCUACCCUUCCUACAAGAGUAGUGCAAUAUGUUGAAAAUCGAGUGCACACAGUUGUUACAGAUAAUUUAAAAAGUAUAUGUAAAAGAAGAUGAUAUAUCGAUUUAUUUAUAAAUUAUAUUUAUAAACUAUUGUUAAAAGUUAAAGCCAUUACGAGUUGCCAUGAAAGAAGCUGGUGUAGAAAUCGUCUGAUAGAGGUUGGUUCUUGCGGUUGCGCAAGCAAAUACUUGAAACAGGCUUUUAAAAUGUUUUAUCUGUCAAGGGUUUGCUGUGUACACAUUGUUGCUUAGGCUUUACGUAAACAAAUCCUAAAAGUUUGCAAUUUGAAAGGAUUAUUAUAAAAAAAAUAAAAACGAUCAGCUAACGAUACAUUACUCGAUUUGAACAAUUUUGAUUUUGAAUGAUAUACCAAUGGUCAUUAGCUGAUUGUUUUUCCAGAUAAAUGGCAAUACAGAAUGUUUACACCGUAAAUCCUUUGAUCGAUUUGCCCUUUCCGGCUAAAAUUUGUUCUCAUAUUUUUUAUUAAUAAUUUUCCACAACUAAGUAUACAAGAUUCAGUAAACUAUACAUAUCAGAGUUGAAGUUAUAUUUUAGGCUAGAUCUGUAACUCGUGUACUAGCAACCUAGCCAUCUAAAAGCUCGAUACUAGACCCAGAAAGUACCAUUUGGCCUCAUACCAUGAUUAGUUUUUUUGGAUAUGCCAUUGUUGAUUUUUGAAAUAUUUAUAUUAUGUUAUAGCUAUUAUUAGUUGUUCUAUGCCAAAGGAACUAACCUCUAGGCUUCUUGCGAAGCGUCCAACUAAGGUCUUUCUUUAUUUACAUUUGGUCCGCAUUUUUCACCCUCCGGCCGAUUUUAUUGGGAAUUGAAAAUACUGUUCUUUGGUUAUGCGACCGACGAGGGUUACUCCAACGUUCGUUCAUUACAAAUAAACACUCGUUUGCAGGAGACGUUUGCAAUUUUUAAGGGUUGACGGAAAAGUAUUAGAUAUUUUUUAAAUUUUACUUGUCCACUGAUCUUCUUUGAAACAAACAAAACGAUCGCAUGCGAAAGUCCGAUUUGGUUUUAUAAACGUGACACGGUCUUCUUUGACACUUUUGUGCCCCUCGAGUGUGUGUGUAGGAACGGAAGGGAGGGUGAGCAAAGCGGACACGGACAGCAUAUCGUAUUGUAACGGUAGAGUAGAUAAGGUGUGUUGUGUAAUUCAAAGUCAUUGUUUGUUACAUUGUUAUAUACAGUGUCUGCGCAGUCCGUUCGCCACUGCCACCGCCUUGUAUUUGUAACUUCCAGCAUAUCUUCUACCCUCGUAAACGUAAUGUAUUGUGUCGUGUCCAUGUAUAGCUGCUUCCAUAUAUAAUAGCAUGCAUCGACGUUUUUAUAUUUAACACCUAGUUGACGGCUGACAUACCCAUUGCCUUCACUCGUUUAAUCGAACUCCGUUUAUUCUUCGUUUGAAUAAUUUCUUUAGAAUAAAAAAAAAUCGUUAACCAGGUCUGCAGUUCUAAAACAUAAAAAUAAUGUCUUUAAUUGGUACUCAUGUGAGUUGAGUUUAUUAUAUUUAUGAAAUUUAUUUUGAAUUAUAACAUAUGGAAUAAAAUUGGCGUCGUGCUUUAAAACUUUUUUUUAUCAAAGUAUUGCAUGGUUAAAAGUGUCAGUGAAAAUGAUAAAAUCUGUAUUCAAUAAACAAUUCUACGACAUUAGUGUAAAGCAGCGAUGAUAACUUUUGCAGAAAGUAUGUAUAUUUUAUCAGUGAAUUUUUUACACUGAGCCCAUAUAUAUAUGAUGUGUUUUAAUUGUUUCAGUAGUAUUGUUUUAGCACGUAAUAUCGUUUUCUUAAACAUAAUCUUAUCGAAACAUGUCGAAAGCGGUAAGCAGUUCAGUGUAAGCUCGUGAAGCGCACACUGAAUGUAGAUAGGCUGCGUAAUGUUACAGGUUGAUAUAACGAUAGGCCUACUGUAGUUUUGGUCUCAUCAAGCGUCAAUCCACGUACUUAAACAGAUUUGGACAACUGGAAGCUUUAACUCAUCCGUCAUAUUAUCCUACUCUUACAAAUGUUGAGCAGUCAUUGCACAUUCGAAUAUUUAAUAUAAAUUACCAUUAAAUUCAUUCCCUGUAAUUUACCAAACAUUGGAAAUUUAAUGUAAAUUUUGAAGGCUGCAGAUCUUUUCUUUUGUUUAAUCCCUUUUCUAAUCGAAUGUAUAUUUAGCGUCAACCAAAUUAUUAAUACUUCUUCGCUAAUUUAUUAAUAAAGUCUUUCUGUGUGUUUUUACUAUACUAUUUAGGAGAGCGAGUUGUUAAAUAUCUCACUCGAAACCCUUUGUACAUGUACUAAAAGAUGAAAAUUAUAAUUACUAUCUAUCUAAAUGUUAUAUAUAUCCCAGUUAGUCUUCUUGGUGUCUGUAAGAGAAUAUUCGGGGACCAAAACCAUGCAGGGAGUCUCUUUCUGCCUUAUAUAGUGAUUGUUAUGUGUCUACCACGACUAUAUUACAUCGUGUGAUCUUCAUUGGCAUUCCUUGUACUCUUGAGCUUUCAGUGUCACGGGCAAUGGGUGUGUCCGCGACGAGUGAGCCUCUUCAACUUUCUCCAGCCGUGUAGCUUUCUUUUACAAAUUAUCAGAAUCAUUUACCUGUAUAGAAUGUUUCAUUUCCACUAGUUCACCUCUAUUUUUUGGCACUGAUUACUUCAAAAUUAUCGAAACAGAAAAUUUGUCAGAAAACACUUAUUAUAUUAAUCUUUCUGUACUUUUCUGCCAUUGUCCUUAUUUUUAUUGUUAUAGAUCAUUUAUCAGCUGGCAUUAGAUUUCCAGUGCAACAGUGCAUUACAACCUGUUGCGAUCAUUAAGUAACAUUAAAGAAUUUUUAUUUUAAUAGCGGAUUUUAAAAAUUAUUGGUUUUACUUGAGCGACCUUUCAGUUGUAGUUAAUUGAGAAAGUUGAACGUCUCACGAUAAAGAUAGCGUAGAUUACACUACUGUAUGUAAUUGACACUACUAUUUCCGUGAUAGACCGGCUAAGUAAGGUGCGAAGCGGCUGUCACUCGUAGAAAUCACAUGUUUUCCUUGUGGAAAAUUGUUCCUGAUUUGAAAACAGCCGCUCGCACCCCAGUCUACUAAUGUUCACUAGUGGGUCUUCCGAACUCAGAGGGAUAUAUUUUGUACGGGAGUUUACAACUAUUCGUUUUUCGGUGUACAGAAUCAAAGUGCCAAAAGGGCAGGGGCGGGCAGACCGUGCUGACACAGACAGAAACUGUUUAUUUUGAUAAACAUGUUACGUAGGACCUAUUUUUAUAAACAAUGAUUUUAAAGCCGGACGGCGGCGGUAGGAAGGCGAUGCCUUUUGUACGUUUCGUUGUGCGCCUUGUUUUGUUGUCUUUUGACGACCUGAUUUGUGAAUAUUUUGUUUUAUAUUUGUAGAGUAUACAGAGAAUUAUGCGGCAUAGAAGCCGUUCGUGUAAAUUAAUUGUAAAUAAAAUGCGCCUUAAUGGUAAAAACUUUGCGACAUAGAUCCCGUGCGGGCACUCUUUUAAACAAACGGAUUUCAUUUUGGCAGUUCGAUUUGGAAAAUGCUAUUUUUAAAUGUAAUCGCUGCAAAAGUUCGGGAUAAGUCUAGGUUUUAAGUAGGUUAGGUAAAUUAAGAUUUAAAUGAUUAGGUAAGAAAAGUAGAGUAGGAGUAGAUUAGGUUGUAGAAUAGAAGAGAAUUUAGGUUUUAAGAUGUAAAGUUUUUGAGCGGAAUUCGGAUUGCGGACAGUUUAUUUUUAAAUAUUAUUUAUUUUAUAUUUAUCGAGGAUUUUCAUUCCAUGUUGGAAUAUAUAAAUAUUAUAUAUAUCGUGAAUCCGAAUUGCGCUCACUGCUAAACAGAGUUAUUUAUAGCUAUUAAGAUAGGAUAGAUUCGAAGAAUUGGGGAAAGGUUUGAAAGAGUUGUAAAAAAAGUCAAAGUAAAUUUAUUUUGAAUUUUGUAAGUUAAUGUCUCGUGAUGUCUUGUAGUAUAGUAGUACCACUUGUAAACUGAGGCCCUGACGCCACAUUAUGGGUGGUAUCGAUAGUGGAAUUUGUAAACGUUCCAUUAUUUAUACCUUCUUUUCUUGUUCCAAUUUUUCCUUUUUUUGUAAAAUAAAGUUUAAGGCUAGAUUGUAAAAAAACUAGUUCUCUUAGUUAGUACUGUUGAUAGUGGUUAAGAUUUGUGUGAAGUUAGUCGAUAUUAUUGGGAAAGUCUGAUAGGACAUCAACUGGUUCCAGAGAGCAUUCUAAAGGUAUUUAGUUCACAGCUCAAUCCGGUCAGGUCAGUUCGGAGAGUUAGCGUUUCAAAAUACAGUAGUGGACUUCAAAUUAGGGUAGGUUUUAUACAAUUUUUUGGGGGCCGAGAAGGAAACAGGGAUUGUAGAGUAGAAUUUUUGACAUCUGUUAUAUCAUACUUUGCCAAGAUUUUGUACAAAAGCCACUUACAUUGACUAGACUAGCCUCGGGUACCGCUGAUCGGACGGCGAGAUGUGAGUGAGCGGUAGUAGUGUCCGACCACUGAUGAUCGCUAGCGCCUGGUGCAAUAUAAAACUGUGCUAACAUUAGCGUUACAAAACUAAGACUUCAUAUUCCAAAGAUUCGUUUUUACUUGUCUGUGAGUAGUGUCGGGAGGUGAUGUUUUGUUAUUUUAAAUCCAUGACAAAGAGUUGAUAAGUAGCAUAAUUAUUGUAUUUAUUGUCACUGUUACCGUUAUCGAGUUUGAUUGUGUUGUGGUGGAGAGUUUGCUACAUUCCGUGGUUAGAUAGUCAGUCGUCUCACUGGAUGGGGACUGCAGGAUUUGUUUUUGUUGUCCUUUAUUUGUAUAAACAUUUUUAUUGGUACUACUAUGACAUUCUAAAAUCGUGAAACACACUUACAAAAACUGUUGAUUUAUUAAAUUUUCGGAUUUAAUGUCUAUUUGUAUUUUAAAUUUCAGUAAUGUUUAUUGAUUGUUUUGUGUAAUUUAUUACUGUACUUUGUAAUUAUUUGUGGAUAAAAAAUAACAGUUGUAGUAAUUACUUUGGAUUUUGUAAAUAAAAGUAUUGUAAUUGUAUUACUUUGCGGUUUUAUUCUCAUCUGCAGAUGAAUACACCGUUAUGCAAUCGGUCUGUCAAUCUUUUUGUUUUUGUGAUGCUAUGCAGCUGUGAGGCGCUAAACACUGGUGGCCUCGUCUGUCCCUUCUCUUUUCCUCACGCUCCAGACGCCCAUGAGGGAACCAAGUUAUCUUAGAUAAUUUAGUGGUAAGCAGCGAAUGUAUGUGACAAAGUUUGGAUAUAUUUUGUUUUCCAAAGGUAAAUGAAAGUUAACAGGCUUUCCGUAUUUGUUUAAUUCUUUUGUUUUUUUUUUAAGAAAUGAUGUAAUUUGUCCAGUUUGUACUGAUCCUAAUAAAGAUCUGUAUCUUGGAUAA